AUGGUCGGCCUUGUUUCGGCCGCCGGUCUUGUCGGCUUCCUCUCAGAGCCCGACCCCGAGCUCAAGGUCUUUGCCUUGAAGUCAUUAGAUUCCCAGAUCGACCUGCUUUGGACAGAAGUUGUGAACGCGGUUCCCGAGAUUGAGGCUCUUUACGAAGAUGAAUCAUUCCCGGAACGCGGUCUGGCAGCUUUAGUUGCCUCAAAGGUAUAUUAUCACCUGCAGGAAUAUAACGAGAGCAUGGUCCUCGCCCUGGGCGCGGGCAAGCUGUUCCAGCUUGACAACGGUGGCGAGUACGAGGAGACCAUUAUCGCGAAAUGCGUCGAUACCUUCAUCUCGCUAUCUGCCGCCCAGAAGCCUGCGGCUGGUGACCUGGCCGCCAACCUGAACACCUCCUUCUCAGCAUCCGGCGAUGGCGCCACCAGCACAUCAGCAAGCCUGACCUCUCCCAUCACACCCUUCUCCAAAUCCGCCUUGCCUUCAAAGUCACUCCUCUCUCGACAGGAGGUUCCUGGCAUCGACGCUGCGCACCCCGGCGGUGACGACCAGAGUGUCCAGCACAACGAGACUCCGCUUGUCUUGAAGCGGGGUGUUCAGGGCCAACUACAGGCUGUGAUUGAGCGACUGUUUGAAGAGUGCUUCCGUCAAAAGCGUUACCGUCAAGUGAUUGGUAUCGCGAUUGAGGCGAAGAGCUUGGAUGUGCUCCGUCUGGCCAUUCUUCGCGCCAGCGCCGACGAGAAGCAGCAGUCGGGUGAGUCUCACGGAAGUGAGGAGCUCAUGGAGUACGUUUUGGACAUUUGCAUGGGCAUUGUCCAGGAGCGAGGCUUCCGCACCGAGAUCCUGAAGCUCAUCCUCGAGCUUCUUAACGAGAUUCCCGCACCCGACUAUUUCUCUAUCGCCAAAUGCGUUGUCUACCUUAAUGAACACUCAAUGGCGUCGAACAUUCUACGUCAACUCGUCGAGAAGGGCGAUCCGCGAUCCCUCGCCGUUGCAUACCAGAUUUCCUUCGACCUUUACGAUAACAGCACCCAGGAAUUCCUUCAGAAGGUUCGUGAGGAAAUCUCCGAGCUCGUACCUGAGAGCGAUAUAGACAAGACCGAGCAAGAAGAGCCUAAGGAGUCAGAUGCGUUGCUUGAGGACCAAUCAAGCUCGAACCGUCCCGAGGAUGAGUCGACUGCCGCGUUCAGGAACAUUCUUUCCAUCCUUGAUGGUAUUAAAUCCAUUCAACUGAACCUUGAGUUCCUCUACCGAAGCAAUCAGGUCGAUAUGGCGAUUUUGAAUAAGGUGCGCGAUAGCCUCGAGGCACGCAAUUCCAUAUUCCACACCGCCGUCACUCUGUGCAACGCUUUCAUGCACGCCGGAACCACACACGACAGGUUUUUCCGUGAAAACCUGGAGUGGCUCGGCAAGGCUGUGAACUGGUCUAAGUUCACCGCUACUGCUGCUCUGGGUGUCAUUCACCGGGGCAACCUCAGCCAGGGACAGAAGCUCCUGCAGCCCUAUCUGCCCAAGGAACAAAUUGCCGGGGUUGGUGGCUCGGGCUCCGUUUACAGCCAGGGUGGAUCUCUGUAUGCUUACGGCUUGAUUUUCGCCAACCACGGUGGCAUGGCUGUUGAUCUCAUCCGCGACCACUUCAAGAAGGCCACUGAGGAGGUUGUGCAACACGGUGGUGCUCUGGGUCUUGGUGUUGCUGGUAUGGCCACUGGCGAUGAGGGCAUCUACGAGGAUCUCCGCAAUGUGCUCUACACUGACUCCGCUCUUAACGGUGAGGCUGUCGGUCUUGCGAUGGGUCUCGUCAUGCUAGGCACCGGUAACAUGAAGGCUUUGGAGGACAUGAUCCAGUACGCCCAUGACACUCAGCACGAGAAGAUCGUCCGUGGUCUUGCUAUGGGUAUGGCUUUGAUCAUGUACGGCCGCCAGGAGGCUGCCGAUGAGCUGAUCAAUGGUCUCCUCGGUGACCCUGACCCGACUCUCCGCUAUGGUGGUAUCAUGACAAUCGCUCUGGCCUACUGUGGUAGCAGCAGCAACAAGGCCGUUCGCAAACUUCUCCACGUCGCCGUCAGCGAUGUUAAUGAUGAUGUUCGCCGUGUUGCCGUACUGAGCUUGGGCUUCAUUCUGUUCCGCAAGCAUCAGAGUGUUCCCCGUAUGGUGGAGUUGCUCUCAGAGUCCUACAACCCUCACGUCCGCUACGGUGCCGCCAUGGCUCUCGGUAUCUCUUGUGCCGGCACUGGGCUGGAUGAGGCUAUCGAUCUCCUGGAGCCCAUGCUCAAGGACUCGACAGACUUCGUUCGUCAAGGUGCUUUGAUAUCAUUGGCCAUGGUUCUCGUUCAGCAGAACGAGGCCAUGAACCCCCGUGUCACCAGCCUCCGCAAGGCCAUGAUGAAGAUGCUCGGUGACCGCCACGAGGAUGCUAUGGCCAAGUUUGGUUGUGCUGUGGCUCUCGGAAUUAUCGAUGCUGGUGGCCGCAACUGCACCAUCAGUCUACAGACACAGACCGGCAACCUCAACAUGCCCGGUAUUGUUGGUGCUGCUGUCUUCUGUCAGUACUGGUACUGGUUCCCUCUUACCCAUUUCCUGUCCCUCAGCUUUACCCCGACUUCCGUCAUUGGUGUCGACCAGAAGCUGGAGGUCCCGGAGUUCAAGUUCCACAGCAACACCCGCCCCAGUCUCUUUGACUACCCUCCCAUGCAGGAGGUCAAGACUGAGGAGGCUCCCGAGAAGGUGAAGACUGCCGUGCUUUCUACAACCGCUCAGGCCAAGCGCCGCGCCCAGCGUCGUGAGAAGCAGGCCCGCCGUGAGAGCAUGGACAUUGACCAGACGCCCACUACGCCGAAGGUCUCAGAGCAGCUACCGGAGAAGAUGGAGACCGACGAGAAGGAUGACGAGGAGAGCAAGGACGCUGAUAAGGCUGCUGGCGAGGCCCAGAAGAAGAAGGUGGAGCGAGAGAAGGUUGGUUACGAGUUGGACAACAUGUCCCGGGUACUGCCCGCACAGCUCAAGUACCUAACCUUCCCCGACCCACGGUACGAGCCUGUUAAAAGGCCUACUGGUGGUGUCGUCGUCGUUCUGGACAAGCAGCCCGAGGAGCCUCGCGAGACCAUCGAACUCAAGGCGAGCAAGGAGGCCCCUGCCCCUACCGAAACUCUUCAGGAUCGUCUUCAGGCUGCUAUCGGUACUGCUGCUUUGCAGACCCCUCAACGGGCUGAUGCUCGUGCCCUGCUGUCUUCAACCCCGGCCGGAGCUGCGGCGGCAGCGGGUGUGUUGACCGCUGCUGACGAGGACGAGGAGGGUGCAGAGGACGCGCCGGUGCCCGACGAGUUCACAUACGAGUCCGAGGGCGAGGAUGAGUAG